AUGAAAGUCGUAGUCACGACUCGUAGCGGUAGAGAACUCAUAAAGGGUGGCCUUGAGUUCAGCGAUUCUGCUACUGUGGCUGAUCUGCAGGAAGCAAUUCACAAACGAACCAAAAAGUACUAUCCCUCUAGACAGCGAUUGACCCUUCCUAUCCUGCCUGGAUCAAAAGAGAAGCCUACUGUCCUUCAGUACAAGAAGAGUCUCAAAGAAUACACUGAUGGGAAUGGAGACACUUUGACUGUUGUUUUCAAGGACCUAGGUCCACAAGUCAAGUACAGCACCCUUUUCUUCUGGGAAUACUUGGGUCCUUUGAUCCUCUAUCCUAUCUUCUAUCACUACCCUGUGUACCGGUUUUUCGGCUACAAAGGGGAGCGAGUCAUCCACCCCGUCCAGACUUAUGCCUUGUAUUACUGGUGCUUCCACUACUUCAAACGUAUAAUGGAAACCUUUUUUGUGCACCGUUUCAGCCAUGCAACCUCACCCCUUUCCAAUGUCUUUCGCAACUGUGCAUAUUAUUGGAGCUUUGGUGCUUUUAUUGCUUAUUAUGUCAACCACCCACUUUACACACCGACCGUAGCAGGCUAUGUCUUCAUGGUUGUUGCUGCCUCCAUAAUGACGAACUGGGCCCUUGCAAGGCACCGUCGACUAAAGAAGCUAUUUGAUGGAAAGGAGGGAAGACCAAGAUAUCCCCGACAAUGGUGUAUGGAUCGGAGGCUCCAUCUUGGCAUCCCUCAGCAUCUUCCAGCAGCGCAUGGUUACUCUUUCACCACCUCUGCAGAGCGGGAAAUUGUGAGAGACGUGAAAGAAAAGUUAGUUUACAUUACCCUUGACUAUGAGCAGGAGGUCGAAACUUCAAAUACUAGCUCUUCUGUGGAUAAGAGCUAUGAGUUGCCUAGGAAGGACCAUUAUCGUAAUAUUGUACUCAGUGGUUGUUCAACCAUUUUUCCUAGCAUUGCUGACAGAAUGAGCAAGGAAAUUACAGCCCUAGCUCCAAGAAGCAUGAAGAUUAAGUUUUUUCAACAAAUCUCAUCCACCUCUUUCAAGGGUUUGAUGUGUACUGGUUCAAAGAGCAAACUUUACCCUUUUGAUAUGGAAAUGGAGGCUGAAAUUCAAGCAAGUAAGAGAAGGGUUGUUUUUAGAAGUUGCUCAAAUUUGCUUGAAUUGGCAGCCGUGGAUGAUUUGGCAAGCUUUAUUUCUCAAGUAGAAGAAAAGGGUUCUAAUGUUGAUGAGGUAAGCAUUUGGUAUGGCAGAAAUUUUGGUUCAAAGAAGAUGGGGUUUGAAGAGAGAACAUCUCUUAUGAUUGCUUCCUUGUAUGGAAGCAUUGAGGUUUUGAAGUACGUUAUUAGGUCUCAAAAGGUUGAUGUCAAUAGAGCAUGUGGCUCGGAUGGGGUAACAGCUCUUCAUUGUGCAGCGGCAGGGGGUUCAGAUUCAUCGAUUGAGGUUGUGAAGCUCUUGAUCGAUGCCUCGGCUGAUGUCAAUGUUGUUGAUGCCAAUGGGAAGAAACCUGGUGACCUAAUUUUACCGCGCAUGAAGUUCUUAAACAAUUCGAAGAGGAGAACCUUGGAAAUGCUACUGAAAGGGAUUAGUUUCGAGGCUGGUGAUCAAGAAGAAGAAGAAGGAAUUAAUCGACCCCUGGUAGCAAAAGAAGGAGGGAAUGAGAAGAAAGAAUAUCCAAUCGAUGUAUCAUUGCCAGACAUAAACAAUGGGAUGUAUGGAACUGAUGAAUUUAGGAUGUAUAGUUUCAAGGUGAAGCCGUGCUCAAGAGCUUAUUCUCAUGAUUGGACAGAAUGCCCUUUUGUCCAUCCUGGUGAGAAUGCGAGGAGGCGUGAUCCAAGGAGGCAUCACUACACUUGUGUCCCCUGCCCCGAGUUCAAGAAGGGAACGUGUGCAAAGGGUGAUUCCUGUGAAUAUGCUCAUGGCGUGUUUGAGUCCUGGCUACAUCCUGCCCAGUACAGAACCCGCCUUUGCAAGGACGAGACUGGAUGCCCAAGGAAAGUGUGUUUUUUUGCACACAAGCCUGAAGAGUUGCGUCCACUGUAUGCCUCUACAGGUUCAGCUUUGCCUUCACCAAAGUCCGUUUCAGUUAAUUCAAUGGAUUUGACAACAUUGAGCCCGUUGUCUCAUGGCUCAUCUUCUUUGAUAUACCCUAAUACCUCAACACCACCAUUGUCACCAUCGGUUAAAUGUUCAUCUCCAAUGGGUGGAAGCAUGUGGCAGAACAAGGCAAACCUCACGCCUCCUGCUCUGCAGCUGCCAGGAAGCAGACUCAAGACGAUUCUGAGUGCAAGAGAUAUGGAGUUGGAUAUGGAAUUGCUUGGAUUGGAAAAAAUCCGAACCCAAUACCAACAGCAGCAGUUGGCAGACAAGAUGGCUAAUCUCUCAUCCCCGUACAACAAAGUUACAGAUUUGAAGCCUACCAAUCUUGAUGAUGUUUUCGGAUCGCUUGAUCCUUCGUUAUUAUCUCAAUUUCAGGGUCGAAAUGGGCUUCAGAUUCAACAAAACACAAGCCAACUCCGUUCAAGCUACCCUUCUAACCUGUCAUCCUCGACAGCAAGGAUGCCGUCCACUUUUGGAUACGAUUCAUCUGCAGCAGUAGCAGCAGCAGUCAUGAACUCGAGAUCUUCUUCGUUUGCAAAACGCAGCCAGAGCUUCAUUGACCGUAGUGGUGGAGUUGGCCAUCGGUCCUGCCUUUCUGGUGCUGCUAAUUCCCCGAGUUUGAUGCCCUCUAAACUUUCAGAUUGGAACUCCCCUGACGGAAAACUCGACUGGGGCUUUAACAGUGAUGAGUCAAGCAAGUUUAGGAAGUCGGCCUCUUUUGGAUUUCGAAGUGGUAAUGCUGCGGUAUCAACAGCAAUGGCUACAACAAAUGUAGACGAGCCAGAUGUAUCUUGGGUUCAUUCAUUAGUAAAAGAUGUCCCCUCCAGCGGUGCGGGAGCUUGA